CCCACUAAUCCUCCGGACACACGCACAAGCCAGGUGCCUACGAGACUGGGAAAGAGGCUUGUAGAGUGAAAGGUGAAUGAAGAGGGGGUAAUUCAGAGACAAACCAUUUAAAUAAAGAGUGGGACUGGCUUGAGCCCCUUCAUGGAGCAGACUCGUGCAACAGUUCAAGAGCACUUGUGUGUGUGUGUAUGUGAGAGAGAGAGAGGGAGGGAGAGAUGGGGGAGGCAGCACACUUAUCAAGAGUGACAGAGAGAACGGCAGGCGAACAGAGCGGAGGGGGGAGAGCAAAGCUGAAAACGAGAGUGUGGCAAGAAAGCAGCUCAUAGUGACAGCAGGGGCAGAGAGAGGUAGAGCGAGCGUGCAGGGGAAGAGAGUACAGAGACGGGGGAAAAUGCAGGGGAGACGCUGAAGCUGGGUUGCUGGAGGAAAAACAGGAGAACGCCGACUGCUUGCCAAGCCUAGAUAGAAACAUUAGUAAGCGAGAAUGAAGAAGUACAGAGAACGAGUGGCAAUUGAGUGAUCUGUCCAAAUGUGUGUGUGAUGUGCAACUGGCUGUGCUUAAACCACAGUGUGGAGUGUGUUUGUGUAGCGGCUCUGAUUGUCUGCGCCACCAGGAAAACGUGCCUGGUGGAUUAUGAGAGAUCAAGAAGAGGACGAUUGUGUGUGUGUGUGUGUGUCAGAGUGUGUGAGUUUAAUGGUGAACAAAAGGGUUAGGUGCAGCUUGUCCGCGAGUGUGCGUGUUUAGAUUGGAAAAGCGUGCAGCUGGAGAGUUGCCUGAGGAACUGGAAAAGAUAGUCCAGGGAGUUGAAGCACUUGAGGAUGCCAGGGCAUCCAGGGACAAGCUAAGCUCAAAGAUUUUGCUUAAUGUAACUGCCGUCCAAGUACUGAAGACCCGACGAAGGAAAGCAAACCAAGAAAAAGAGACUGAGAAGGCAGAUAAGGAGAAAACAUGGGUGCACGUGUGUACUCGUGCCAUCGGCGGAACUAUUUUUAGGAACAAAGUAUUGCAGUUCCUGUUGACUACCUCAAAGAGAAGCCACGGAGACUGUAAGAUAUCUUUGGAGGUUUACUUAAAGGAUCGCUCGGUGUCUAUUAUAGUGUCUAUUGAUCCCUGGAUGUCUUCAGCACCCAGCCAUGGGAGAGUGGACCAUUUUAGAGCGCCUCCUGGAGGCCGCUGUGCAGCAGCACUCUACUAUGAUCGGAAGGAUUUUGCUGACAGUUGUGGUGAUAUUCCGUAUCCUAAUCGUGGCCAUUGUUGGUGAAACCGUCUAUGAGGAUGAGCAGACCAUGUUUAUCUGCAACACCCUCCAACCGGGCUGCAACCAGGCCUGCUACGACAAAGCCUUCCCCAUUUCCCACAUCCGAUACUGGGUCUUCCAGAUUAUCCUUGUCUGUACACCAAGCCUGUGCUUCAUCACCUAUUCAGUACACCAGUCAGCCAAACAGCGUGACCGCCGCUACUCCUUCCUCUACCCAAUAAUGGAAAAGGACUACAGUCGUGAGGGUACGCGUAAACUACGCAACAUUAACGGCAUUUUGGUGCAGCACUCUGAAAGUGGCGGUGGAAAGGAUGAACCUGAUUGCUUAGAGGUAAAGGAGAUCCCAAAUGCUCCAAGAGGCCUCUUGCAUGGCAAGAGUUCAAAGGUACGCCGACAAGAGGGGAUUUCUCGCUUCUACAUAAUCCAGGUAGUGUUCCGCAAUGCACUGGAGAUAGGUUUCUUAGCAGGGCAGUACUUUCUAUAUGGCUUCAGCGUUCCUGGCAUCUUCGAGUGUGACCGAUACCCCUGCCUGAAGGAAGUGGAGUGCUACGUAUCCCGACCCACUGAGAAGACGGUCUUCCUAGUGUUCAUGUUUGCAGUGAGUGGCAUCUGCGUUGUGCUGAACCUCGCUGAACUCAACCACCUCGGCUGGAGAAAAAUCAAAGCUGCCAUUCGAGGUGUCCAAGCCCGCAGGAAGUCCAUCUGUGAGAUCCGCAAAAAGGACAUGGCCCACCUGUCACAACCGCCAAACCUGGGCAGGACCCAGUCCAGCGAGUCUGCUUAUGUUUGAUCUCCAUUCAUCCAAAUAUGGCGUCGCAAGGAGUUGAAGAGUGGAACGCUGAAAUGUCAAGUUGGUUAAGGUACUUGUGUAAAUGUUUAAAAUGAAGAGAGAGGGGGGGUGGGCUCAAUAUAGCCAUACUCUUUCCCAUAAGCCACUCCCUCCCUCUUUGUGGCAUACAACAACAGUAUGGUGGUAAAGAGAAGAAAUGUUGGUGAUGUGUCUAAUUGGGAACAAGGGUGACAAGGGGAAGGCACUUGGAUUCUUUUCUCACACUCGGAUCUUGAGGAAAGAGGAAGGAUGAGAAAAGGAGAGCACACCAUGACUACUUUUCUCCCACUUCCCUCAACCUUAGUCACUGCGAGAAGAAGAGUACUGUUUAGGUUUGCUCUCCUUGGCAGUAUAUCUGCCUAAAACAAACAACUGGUGACAUAUAAACAUUGUUCCAGCAGUGGCACCCUCACUUUGACACACGACUGAACAAGCAUUAACAUCUUUUUUUUUUAUAAUCUCUUUCUGGUUGUUGUACAAGCCUAAGAGAUGAUUAUUACCUUUGCGCAAAGUGUGCCCUUCCACCAAGACACCCGCGAUUAUGUGUUCCAGUCAAGUAUUCCUCCCUCUUGUGGUGCACGAAUGUGUGUUUAUAUGUAUGUGUGUGAUCAAAGUUGAAAGAAUUUCGAGACUGCAGAUUCCUUCGUGUUCAUUUUCAGUCACAUGUUUUGUUUUUCUCGCAAAGAUUGGUGCCAUUGAUUUAAACGACUGUUUAUUUCAGAUUAUUACUUAGAUAGAUUGUUACAAAGUUAGAAUAUUAAUCUCUUUUUGGGAAUGGAAGCCAAUUCCGCUGAAAAGAAUUUCCAUGCUGGUCCAAGGGAGGCUUAAUAGCUGGUUAUUGCUAUUAUAACUGGUGGAGCUGCCCACACUUUUAAGCAGAAUCAAAAACAAUGAAAUGUUAGGUAACCAGCAUGGCGAUUCUGGUGAUCAUGAUUGACAAAGGUAAUAUUGUUUGUUAUGAUCAUUUUUAUGCAUGGUGGAGAAACCUGUAGCUAAAAAAAGUGACGUUUUCAUAAGUCAUAUUUCUAUCAGAUGGUAUCUUUCAAAGGCAUGUUUACAAAGCCGUAUCUGUUGAGAUGCAAAUUGAUGUUCAGUGUUUGUUAUUAGGAAAAUGAACAAUUUAGAGUGUUUUUCUUAGCUUCUCCUUCUUGUCACGUGUUUAUCGGCAUGCCUUUGUUAUUAAGAAAAGAUGAAUCUUAGAAAAAAUACAUGUAUGCAUUGCACUUUGUGGGAUGGGAAGAGUGGAUAAAAGGAGAAACUCACUCUGGGAAGGACAUUAGCGGUGGAAAAGUGAGCCUUUCGAAAAAAAAAAAAAGAUCAAUUAUAAGUUUGUAGGUACUGUAUGUAUGUAUAUGUAGCUGUGAUCCACUGUGUGCCUUUGUUUACACAGUGUGGGUUAAAGCAGGGUGUAACUUCUCUAACAAAAUCACCCAGAUAACAUUGAGUCGUCAUUCAGCAAGCACUAGCACUAGCUUAGACCCACUAUGGAAAGUACUUGUGCCUACACAGCCCUGACACCACUCUGCAAGUGCACAUGAACCCAGUGUAGACAGAACACAGUGCAGCUAACACAGGACAGCUAGCUGACGUACCGCAGACACAGAAAACACAGAUGCAGAGAGAAAGAGAGGAAACUGCAGAGGCCCUUUAUAGGAACACAAUGUGUCCUGAUUUAGAAAAGAAAAAUACUUUCACUGGAAAGUGUGUUUAUGUUUAGCAUGACAUGUAGUUUAGCCACAAUUCUGAUUCAGGCCAGAAUUUAGUUUGAGGAUGGAUAUCGUUGCUCACACAUCUAAAUUCAAUGAGAGGUAUAAAAUAGGUCACGUUUGAGGCUCGCAAUGCCAGAUUUGUUUUACUUCAAAUGUAAACAGCUCAUAAAUGAUUCGUAAAACCUUUCUUACACAACCUUGCUGCCUCUGAGAUAAGAACCAGGAAUUCUAUGCUUACAUUUACAGUCCAGAAUUAAAUCUCAUCAAGUGGCAAAUUUGAUUGAUCAGUACAUAAACGAAGUUUCUCGCUAGUAUAUUAGGAACCUCAACAAUGAUGAAGUCAUGGUUCAAGCCAUUCAAACUGUGCAAAUAAAAAUUUAGUUUAUUAAACUAUUAGCUACUGGGUUAUUAUCUGCCUAUUAUUAAAAUAUUUGCUGUGUAUAAAUACUAAUGAAGUAUAAUCUUAGGUCACACUUUAUUUUGAUGGUUUGCUUGUUGAAUUUAAUUUACAUUGCACCCUCAUGCCAACUAAUUCUCAUUAGAUUAUACGUAGACUGCUAGGUUGGGGUUUGGGUUGUUGUAGUUAAGUUGACAUGUACAUUUCUUACAGUCAGUUAAAUGUCUGUUGAAGGAGCAGUAUCAACAUGUAUUAAGCAGACAGUCUAAUACUCAUAUGGACUAUCAAAAUAAAGUGUUAUCCAAUCUUGUUUUACACCCCUAAUACUACACUCUAAAAAAA